AUGGACUUGUCUCCAUCGUACUAUUCCUCUUCCUCCUCUUCUACUGCAAAAAGAAAGAACCCAUUUGCCAAAGAAGAACAAGAACCUUCUUGUAGCACUCCAAAAAAGAUCAGUUGUAAAGAGACGAAUCAAGAAAUGAUAUAUGCACAUACAAGACAACUACUUUUAGCUGGUCAACGCAAACUUUAUAAUGAACAACAUCAAAAUCAACUACAGCAAAAAGAGAAUCAGAAUAAUCAUAUCGUAGAAGAUGAUGAGAGAAAACCUAAUGACGAUAAAAACAUGAAUGGCUUACAACAACCACUCAUCAAUUCAUAUAAUGACAAUAUUAAUGACAAUAAUAUUAACAAAAACAAUAAUAUUAUCUUUUGCGGCUCUUACUUUGCACUGAUUGUCUUGAAUUCUGUUGUUCAUGCGGAAGUGGAUUUUGUCGAAUGUGUUCUGUACAAAACUACGAUCUUCAUGAAAUACGGAAUUUCUGUUUGA